CUGUCAGAAAAAGGCGCCAAAACCGAGCAAAGCACGCAGCUGUAAACAUUCGCAAGAAACGAAAGCAAUCUCGGAAUUUAGCGCGCAAUUCACCAGUUUGAAGCAAGAAGUGACCCAAAAUGGAUGUGGCAGAUGCUCAGGUUGGCCAGCUGCGCGUAAAAGACGAGGUGGGCAUUCGGGCCCAGAAGUUGUUUCAGGAUUUCCUCGAGGAAUUCAAGGAGGAUGGCGAGAUCAAGUACACGCGCCCAGCCGCCAGCUUGGAAUCCCCGGAUCGCUGCACCCUGGAGGUCAGCUUCGAGGAUGUGGAGAAAUACGAUCAGAAUCUGGCCACCGCCAUUAUCGAGGAGUACUACCACAUCUAUCCGUUCCUUUGCCAAUCCGUUUCGAACUACGUUAAGGACCGGAUUGGACUGAAGACCCAGAAGGAUUGCUAUGUGGCCUUCACGGAGGUGCCGACGCGUCACAAGGUUCGCGAUCUGACCACCUCCAAAAUCGGCACCCUCAUCCGCAUCUCCGGCCAGGUGGUGCGCACCCAUCCCGUACAUCCGGAGCUUGUUUCCGGCGUCUUCAUGUGCCUCGAUUGCCAGACGGAAAUUCGGAACGUAGAGCAGCAGUUCAAGUUCACCAAUCCCACCAUUUGCCGCAAUCCCGUGUGCUCCAAUCGCAAGCGUUUCAUGCUGGAUGUGGAGAAGAGUCUGUUCUUGGACUUUCAAAAGAUUCGCAUCCAGGAGACGCAAGCCGAGCUGCCGCGUGGCUGUAUUCCCCGCGCGGUGGAGAUUAUCCUGCGCUCGGAGCUGGUGGAGACCGUUCAGGCUGGCGAUCGCUAUGAUUUCACGGGCACUCUGAUUGUGGUGCCCGAUGUGAGUGUCCUGGCCGGAGUGGGCACACGGGCGGAGAACAGUUCACGCCACAAGCCCGGCGAGGGCAUGGAUGGCGUCACUGGCCUAAAGGCACUGGGCAUGCGAGAGCUCAACUAUCGGAUGGCCUUCCUUGCCUGCAGUGUUCAGGCAACGACAGCACGUUUUGGCGGCACCGAUCUGCCCAUGUCGGAGGUGACAGCCGAGGAUAUGAAGAAGCAGAUGACAGAUGCCGAGUGGCACAAGAUCUAUGAGAUGUCCAAGGAUCGCAAUCUCUACCAGAAUCUAAUUAGCAGCCUCUUUCCCUCGAUCUACGGCAACGAUGAGGUCAAGCGGGGCAUUCUUCUGCAGCAAUUCGGUGGCGUUGCGAAGACCACCACCGAAAAGACAUCGCUUCGUGGCGACAUCAAUGUGUGCAUCGUUGGCGAUCCCAGCACGGCCAAGUCACAGUUCCUCAAGCAGGUAUCCGACUUCUCGCCGCGUGCGAUCUACACCUCGGGCAAGGCAUCCUCGGCAGCGGGCUUAACCGCUGCGGUUGUGCGCGACGAGGAGUCCUUUGACUUUGUCAUCGAGGCGGGCGCCCUCAUGUUGGCCGACAAUGGCAUUUGCUGCAUUGACGAGUUCGAUAAGAUGGAUCAGCGCGAUCAGGUGGCCAUUCACGAGGCCAUGGAACAGCAGACCAUAUCGAUUGCACGCGCCGGCGUACGAGCCACACUCAAUGCGCGCACUUCGAUUCUGGCCGCCGCCAAUCCCAUUAAUGGUCGCUACGAUCGCUCCAAGAGUUUGCAACAAAAUAUUCAGCUAUCGGCACCGAUUAUGUCGCGAUUCGAUCUGUUCUUCAUUCUCGUGGACGAAUGCAAUGAGGUGGUGGACUAUGCCAUUGCUCGCAAGAUCGUUGAUCUGCACUCGAACAUCGAGGAGUCCGUGGAGCGGGCAUAUACGCGCGAAGAGGUCCUUCGCUAUGUGACAUUUGCGCGGCAAUUUAAGCCGGUUAUUAGCCAGGAGGCCGGACACAUGCUGGUCGAGAACUAUGGCCAUUUGAGGCAGCGCGAUACGGGCACGUCGGGCAGGAGCACCUGGAGGAUAACGGUGCGUCAGCUGGAGUCCAUGAUUCGACUGAGCGAGGCCAUGGCCAAGCUGGAGUGCUCGAAUCGCGUGCUGGAGCGACACGUCAAGGAGGCCUUCCGUUUGCUCAACAAGUCCAUCAUUCGCGUGGAGCAACCGGAUAUUCAUUUAGAUGACGACGAGGGUCUGGACAUGGACGAUGGCAUUCAGCACGACAUCGACAUGGAGAACAAUGGAGCAGCGGCCAAUGUGGAUGAGAACAAUGGUAUGGACACAUCCGCCAGCGGCGCCGUGCAGAAGAAGAAGUUCACGCUUUCGUUCGAGGAUUACAAGAAUCUGUCCACCAUGCUGGUGUUGCAUAUGCGCGCCGAGGAGGCGCGCUGCGAGGUGGAGGGCAACGAUACGGGCAUCAAGCGCAGCAAUGUGGUCACCUGGUAUCUGGAGCAGGUGGCGGACCAAAUCGAAUCCGAGGAUGAGUUAAUUUCUCGCAAAAAUCUCAUCGAGAAGCUUAUCGAUCGCCUCAUCUAUCACGAUCAGGUCAUUAUUCCGCUCAAGACAUCCACGCUGAAGCCGAGAAUUCAGGUACAAAAGGAUUUCGUGGAGGAGGACGAUCCCCUGCUGGUGGUGCAUCCCAACUACGUUGUGGAGUGAUCCCAGCCGAUCAACAGUUUAUUACUAUGCCCUAAAUCUAGCUGGUUAAGUUUCUGUUUCCGCGUCUUGCUUUUUUUUGCUCACCCAAACAAACAAUGUAUUUAGGCAGUAAGUUUAUAGUUUAGAGACAUUAUUGAAAUCCAUUAAGGAUUUCUUGGUUCAGUUACGUUCCAAAUCAUUCAUGUUUUCGCCGAAAUAAACGUUCAUCUCAAGAUUC